AUGGACGAAAAUAAUGAGCUGGAUCACAUGGAUUACCAUGAAGAAAAUAAUGCACCAGUAGAUGAAACCGACAAAAAACUAGUGCGGUGGCGAAAAAUUAACGAGAAUGAUGGACCAACUCCGAAACCGAGACACGGCCAUCGAGCAGUAGUCAUAAGAGACUUGAUAGUUAUUUUCGGUGGCGGAAAUGAAGGAAUGAUUGAUGAGCUGCAUGUAUACAACACCGAAACUCGUGAAUGGGUCGUUCCUCAAAUACGUGGUGAAGCUCCUCAUCCGGCUGCUGCUUUUGGCGCUGCUGCGUUCGGAACAAAAGUGUACAUUUUUGGAGGAAUGGUAGAAUACGGAAAAUAUUCGAACGAUGUAUACGAGCUCACAGCUACUCGUUGGGAAUGGCGUCGAAUGACAACAAAGGUUAUGGGAAAAGAUUUGCCUCCUGCUCCACGCAUCGGACACAGUUUUGUCGUUUCUGAAAAGAAUCAAAAAGCCUAUAUGUUUGGUGGAUUGUGCAAUGAUUUGAAUGACAACAAAAGAAAUAUUCCACGCUACAUGAAUGAUCUUUACGUACUUGAUCUGUCAACAGCUCCGAAUGCUCUUGUUUGGUCAAAGCCAGAGAUUAAAGGAGAUCAACCAUCUGCUCGAGAGUCCCAUACUGCUGUUCUCUAUGAAAACGACCGAGUUUCAAGAAUGGUAGUUUACGGAGGAAUGGACGGCAACAGACUCGGAGAUCUCUGGUAUCUGGACUUGAAUACUUUGCAGUGGACUGAAAUGAAAAUUACUGAUCCACGCCAUGGCUUCCCGCCAAUGCCAAGAUCACUUCAUACGUCUGUUUUGAUAGGAACGAAAAUGUUCGUGUAUGGAGGAUGGGUUCCGGUCAUGCCAACAGCUCCUGGUGAGCAACAAGACAAGGAGUGGAAGUGCACCAGCUCUCUUGGAUGUUGGGACGUAGAAGAAAAUCGCUGGGUUCCAUUACAGCAGUACGACACCGAUAAGGAUGAUGAGCCCCGAGCGCGCUCCGGACAUUGCGCUGCUGCGAUGGGAGACCGUAUGUUCAUUUGGUCCGGAAGAGAUGGAUAUCGUAAAGCGUGGAGUAAUCAAGUUUGCUGUCGUGACAUGUGGGUACUGGAAACCAUGAAACCAGAGCAAUCAGCUAAAGUUCAACUUGGGCGUGCUGGUUUCAGUUCUCUUGAGGUUUCGUGGCCACCAGUGCCAGGAGCUACUGGAUACUUUUUGCAAAUUGGAUUUGGAGACCCGAAAGAUGCAUCGGCAUCUCCAGCAAAACGAGGACAAGUAUCUCCUCGUAAACAACCAGCGGCGGCAACUGUUCAGAAGGAAGAUGAACAAAACAAAGGAGUAACUCCUUCGUUGAUUUCAACUCAAGGAACAACUUACACUACUCCAGCUCCUUCCAAACCAGCUAUCGGAGAAGGAGGACUCCCACAAGAUCUCUUCGAAGAUUCUGAAAAGAACGAGGGAACCUCGACGUCUCCAAAACCAUCUGGAGAUUCCCAAGCAGACGUUGAUUCGAAAAAGCGCGAAAGCAGUUCUGAAAACGCAACUGCGCAGACCUCAGAUAGUGAUGUUAAAAAAGAGAUUGGAGAAGAAAAGAAGAAAGUGGAAGUACAAUUCGAAAACGCGGAUGACGAUCUCCCAUGGUUCGAUGUAGGAAUAAUCAAGAAUGCGUCAAUAAACGUCACUCACUAUUUCAAUGCUCGGCAACAACCUCUUGAGAAGCAACUUCAUGAUUUAGUUGAACAUAAUGCAUUCAAAUGUAUAAACGAGCCAAACUUCACUGCUGAAGACAAAGUUGCACUUAUCAACGGUCAAACGUAUCGGUUCCGUGUGAGCGCCAUUAAUGGAUUGGGAAAAGGAGCUUGGAGUGAAACAGCUUCGUUCAAGACAUGUGUUCCCGGGUAUCCAAGUGCUCCAUCUUCCAUCCGAAUCACCAAGUCUCAAGAUGGUGCUCAACUUACAUGGGAGCCACCAUCUAACACCAAUGUUUCUGGAAAAAUCAUCGAGUACAGUGUCUAUUUGGCAGUGAAGAGUCAAACGGCAAAUCCUGCUGAUAGUCAGUUGGCAUUCAUGAGAGUGUACUGCGGACCCCACGCGGAGUGCCAAGUCCCACAAGCGAACUUGGGAACAGCUUACGUCGAUCAAACCAAUAAACCAGCAAUUAUUUUCAGAAUUGCAGCUAAAAAUGAGAAGGGAUACGGACCAGCAACUCAAGUUAGAUGGCUGCAGGAUCAGCAAAAGUCAAUGCCACCAAGAAGUUUUCCAAAUGUGGCCCCAGGAUAUCUCUACCAACACGCGACUCCACAUUUGAAAAAGCCUCGCUUCGAACAUCAUUGA